AUGAUCGGCGAAGGUUCAGAGAAUGGUUCUCGGGCCUAUGUACCUCCAUUACGUGGCGCCGAUGAUCAUGCUGCGGAUCCCGACACUUCCGAAGACCCUCUACUCCGAGAUGAAGAGUCCGGCUCCAGUUAUGUUCCUGUCUGGUUACGGGAAUCUUCAAAGACCUUUCGCUGGCGAUGGGUGCCAUUGCCUAUCCGAAAGGUCGGCCGCGCAACUGCGAACUGGGUGAAGGGCCCCAAUCCGCCGCAUUCGUUGUUGCUGAAGCCGCUGUUCCCUCACAUCCAAGAGCUCCCGGUCCGGUACCUGGAGCAAUUCUUCCCUAAGCGGAAGCACAAGAUCUCUUUACUUAUACUCUUAUAUAUUACCUGGUUUCUGCCCUGGACGAUUGUCCUAGUCCAUUCCCGUUCCGCUGGUUAUAUCGAGGGAUAUGGACGGCCGCAGACGCUCUCAUGUGCGACGACCUUUUGGGAACAUGGGAAUGAAUGUGGUCUUAAUGGAAACGACUGUCGUCCAUUCUCCGCCUCGACCGUUGCCUUCCGCUGUCCGGCGAACUGUCGCGAUGCGAAGUUGUUAUCACCGCAUACCGUGGGAAACCAUACUUUCAGUUACCAGAGGCUUGUGGUUGGCGGGCCCCAACCGGGAUCAUCGGAGCCCGGCGUGUAUCGAGCCGACAGUUUUGUGUGCCAGGCUGCUAUCCAUGCCGGCGUCAUCACCAACGCUGUUGGCGGUUGUGGAGUUGUGAAAUUGGAGGGAGCAGCACACACGUUUCCCGCGUCGAAACAGAAUGGCAUCCAAUCGGUGGGGUUUCCAUCCACUUUCCCCAAGUCAUUCAGCUUUAUCGAUUUGUCCUCAUCGCAGGCGACCUGUCCUAAGGAUCCCCGAUGGUCGCUCCUGGGCGUGACUAUUGCCGCUCUCGGCCUACUAUGGCUCUUUUCGACAUCACCACCGAUCCUCUUUGGCAGCACUUUCUUCAUGCUUUUUUGUCAAGUGGGCCUUGUCUCCGACCCGCCCUCAUUCCCUCAGUUCGCCGACCUUGUGUCGAGCUUACUUGCUCGUUUGCUUCCAGCCUCGUUUGUGGUCUAUGUUCUGUACAAGUAUUGUGCACGUCCACUUCUGACGCCAUUGUCUCCCCCCAAGUACCAGCUGACAAAGAUGUUUCUAUUCUUGCCGCCCGCUUUCAUUGGCGGCUUGAACAAUUACACAUUUGCCAGGUUGAUUCCUCUGGAGCGCCUGACACCUCAUGAUAUCCAGCAGCAGCCUGGGGCGAAACUGGCGUUGGCGCUCGUGAUUCCAACUGUGGCCAUUGUUAUUCUGAGCCAGGCUUGGCAGAUCCGACAGGGUGGGUUGAUGCCGCACUACCUCAAGGUCUAUUGCACCAUGGGCCUUGUUCUCCUGAUCCUGCUACCUUUGCCCGGGCUUCGUCUGCGAAUCCAUCAUUACAUCCUUGCCAUUCUGCUGAUGCCUGGGACGGCUCUUCCCACACGGCCGUCGCUGAUCUAUCAAGGGUUACUUCUCGGGCUCUUUAUCAAUGGGGUGGCGCGGUGGGGCUUUGCCUCAAUCAUUGAGACUCCUGCAGCCCUGGGCGAGCAGCUUCCUGGCUUUGACGGGGUCAAAGGCUGGUGGGGGUCAACAUAUCCGAAUAUCACGGAUGCAUCUGUCAUUAUCUCACUUCCCGGUGUGGGGUCGCCCGAACGGUACCCUGGGAAUGGCAACAUCACUUUUGAGCUUUGGGAGCGAGAGCGCAUGGCCAAGCUGGACGUUGAUGGCGUGAGCGUUCUGGUCAAUGACGUGGAACGUUGGCGAGGAUACCUGGACGAAGACAAGCGUGGAGAGUUUACAUGGCACCGGCAUGGACACAACGGCCUCGAACUGUUACACGGACCCACAAUUGAGAGCGACGGUGAGUUCACAAUGAACUCUGCCGAUGCAAAGGACGGCGACAAGCCCGAAGAUCUAUUCUUCCGCUUUGCGUUCCUGAGAGGAGCCGAGGCGGGCAAGUAUGGACCUGCGGGAGUUUGGCUUGAAGAUGGGGUCUGGCUCUCACCACUGGGCCCGACAGCUUAA